ACAUACAGCUGUGAGUUGUGUGGAAAGGCUUUCGCCCAGGCUGGAAGUUUAAAAAGACACCAACUCAUCCACAGGGGAGUUAAACCUUACAGCUGUGAUGAGUGUGGGAAGGAUUUUACCCGGGCUGAAACUUUAAAAACACACCAACUCAUCCACAGUGGAGUUAAACCGUACAGCUGUGAUGAGUGUGGGAAGUAUUUUACCCGGGGUGGAGACUUAAAAAGACACCAACUCAUCCACAGUGGAGUUAAACCGUACAGUUGUGACUUGUGUGGAAAGUCUUUUACCUGGGCUGAAAACUUAAAAACACACCAACUCAUCCACAGUGGAUUUAAACCUUACAGCUGUGAGUUGUGUGGAAAGUCUUUUGCCCAGGCUGGAGGUUUAAAAAGACACCAACUCAUCCACAGGGGAGUUAAACCGUACAGUUGUGACUUGUGUGGAAAGUCUUUUACCUGGGCUGAAAACUUAAAAACACACCAACUCAUCCACAGUGGAUUUAAACCUUACAGCUGUGAGUUGUGUGGAAAGUCUUUUGCCCAGGCUGGAGACUUAAAAAGACACCAACUCAUCCACAGUGGAGUUAAACCGUACAGUUGUGACUUGUGUGGAAAGUCUUUUACCUGGGCUGAAAACUUAAAAACACACCAACUCAUCCACAGUGGAUUUAAACCUUACAGCUGUGAGUUGUGUGGAAAGUCUUUUACCGAGUCUGGAGGUUUAAAAAGACACCAACUCAUCCACAGUGGAGUUAAACCUUACAGCUGUGAGUUGUGUGGAAAGUCUUUUACCCAGGCUGGAUGCUUACAAAGACAUGGCCUCAUCCACAGUAGAUUUAAACCUUACAGCUGUGACUUGGGUGGAAAGUCUUUUACCCAGACUCGAGACUUAAAAAAACACCAACUCAUCCACAGGGGAGUUAAACCUUACACCUGUAACUUGGGUGGAAAGUCUUUUACCCAGACUCGAGACUUAAAAAAACACAAACUCAUCCACAGGGGAGUUAAACCUUACAGCUGUGACUUGGUUGGAAAGUCUUUUACCCAUGCUCGAGACUUAAAAAACCACCAACUCAUCCACAGGGGAGUUAAACCUUGCAGCUGUGACUUGUGUGGAAAGUCUUUUACCCAGGCUGGAGACUUAAAAAAACACCAACCCAUCCACAGGGGAGUUAAACCUUACAGCUGUGAUGAGUGUGGGAAGGAUUUUACCCGGACUGGACAUUUAAAAACACACCAACUCAUCCACAGUGGAGUUAAACCGUACAGCUGUGACUUGUGUGGGAAGUAUUUUACCCGGGGUGGAGACUUAAAAAGACACCAACUCAUCCACAGGGGAGUUAAACCGUACAGUUGUGACUUGUGUGGAAAGUUUUUUACCCGGGCUGAAAACUUAAAAACACACCAACUCAUCCACAGUGGAUUUAAACCUUACAGCUGUGAGUUGUGUGGAAAGUCUUUUGCCCAGGCUGGAGGUUUAAAAAGACACCAACUCAUCCACAGUGGAGUUAAACCUUACAGCUGUGAGUUGUGUGGAAAGUCUUUUACCGAGUCUGGAGGUUUAAAAAGACACCAACUCAUCCACAGUGGAGUUAAACCUUACAGCUGUGAGUUGUGUGGAAAGUCUUUUACCCAGACUCGAGACUUAAAAAAACACCAACUCAUCCACAGGGGAGUUAAACCUUACACCUGUGACUUGGGUGGAAAGUCUUUUACCCAGACUCGAGACUUAAAAAAACACCAACUCAUCCACAGGGGAGUUAAACCUUACAGCUAUGACUUGGUUGGAAAGUCUUUUACCCAUGCUCGAGACUGA